AUUUAGCUUUUAUAUCCAGUAUCUUGGUACUGCCAUCUACUUGCAUUGGUCUUGUGCUCAAUAGAUGACCGCUAGAUAUUUCCCUGACGGAGCGACGCUCGCUGAUAACAUGGAAUGCGGAGACACCAUAUGCAUCUCCCCGGUUUCUUUUGCGUCAUCGAACACAGGGCCACUAACCUCUCCACAAAAAAUGCUCGUUGCCCAUGGCAUUCUGACCGUGUUGGGAUACCUCCUUUUCAUGCCUAUUGGUAUUUUGGUGGGAAGAUAUUUCAGAACUGUUAGCCCUGCUUGGCGUACAGGACAUAUAAUCGUACAAGUCGCAAUUGCCGGUCCUAUGAUUAUCGCUGGAGUCGCGUUAGGUAUUGCAGGUUCUGGAGAGGCUCACCUCAGAGACCUCCAUAAAAAGUGGGGCGUAGCACUGUUCGUGCUGUACUUUGUGCAGUGUGCUCUCGGCGCCAUCAUUACCCUGUUCCACCCAAGAGGAAGAGCCAGGCGCCCGAUUCAAAACUAUUUCCAUGUGUUGCUUGGACUAUUCAUCGUCGGCGCUUCCUUCUAUCAAGUCAGGACUGGAUUCAAGUAUGAAUGGCUCUACCACGCGCACCAUGGAAGAAUUUCCAACGCCGCACAGAUCGUGUGGUACGUCUGGGUCGUGCUGCUUCCAGUUCUGUACCUAGCGGGCCUCUCGCUCCUACCCAAACAGUUCUCGCAAGAGAGAGCCAAGAGGGAAAAAAUGCUUCAGAAAUCAUGACGCAGUGAGCAGUACCGACGAAAGCAACCGUCGUGUCUCUGUAUCCCAUGAGGCUGUCAUUAUUCAUUCUUAUCUUGCCAAAUGUCACCCCGGGUUGCUCAUCAUACACGGCAGUAGCUUGUUGUGGAAUGGUUCAAUAAUCUCGCAUUGCUAUUUUCAAUU